AUGGCUCAAUUGGAUUCUUUACUUGUGCAGGGAAUACGUUCAAUAGGACCAGAUGGAAGUGAUGCUCAUGUUAUAAAAUUUCAAAAUCCGUUAACGAUUAUUGCUGGUCCAAAUGGAUCUGGCAAAACGACCCUUAUUGAAGCGCUGAAUUUUAUAACAACUGAUACAAAGCCAUCUGGUCAAUAUCCGGCUUUUAUUCACAAUCUCGAGGUUUGUGGACGAGCGAGAGUAGAUGCUUUGGUGAAGCUGAAAUUUUUUGCCGCUAAUGGAAAACAAGUUACAGCGACAAAGCGAUUGAAUUUAUCACGAGCUCCAAGAACUAACAAAAUCACUGGAAAACAAGAUGAGAGCACUCUCGUCAUUGUGGAUCAACAUGGACAGAAGAUAUCCUUGUCAUCAAAAGUCGCAGACACAAAAACGGAGAUGAUCAACCUAUUGGAUGUACCGCGUGCCAUACUAACGAAUGUCAUUUUUUGUCAUCAAGAGAACUCAACUUGGCCUUUGGGGGAACCAAAGCAAGUAAAAGAGAAGUUUGACGCCAUUUUCGAGCUCUCAAAAUAUGUGAAGAUUCUCGAAAAGUUGCGCAAAAUGGCUAAAGACCAAACUCAGAGCUUGAACGUGAUACACGCCGAACUAAACCAUAUGCAAAGCAACUAUGAUGAUAGAUUAAAAAAAGAAGCAAAUCGUGAGGAACUUCAAGAUAGAUUGCUCAAACUUAAGCAAGACCUGGCUAAAUAUAAUGAGAAGAAACAAGAAGUAAUGCACAUUUUGAAAGAAGCCUCUGGGAAGGUGGAAGUGUACCAAGGGUUCAGCAAUGAGAGAACGCUGGCGACAUCUAAGUUAGAGAUGCAACUUGAACAGUUAAAACAUUUCGAUGUUCCCGAUUAUUCUGGUAGCGAAGAAGAGUUACUUGAAGCUAUUCAACAAAUCACCGACUCUUUUGAGUUCAAAAAUAUCGAAUCGCGUCGUAUCGCAGUUGAGAAACAGAUGGCGGAGUUAGAAGCUUCGAUUUCAAUGUUAGAAAAACAAAAGCGAAGUUUGGAGGCCGAACGUCUUGAUGUUCAUACGAACACUAAGAUGAAAGAAGACUAUGUUGACCAAAUAGCUAAUUUACAAAAAAUGAUUCGGAAGGAAUACGAAUUUCAAGCUACAGACAUAAUUUCUGCGAUGGAAGCGUUCAUAGAAGAAGAAGGAGCACGUCUGGAACAAUAUCGAGCUCACCAACAGAAAGAAAGACAGAAUUUGGAGACGCGCAAAAACGAUUUGAUGGAAAAACGACAAAAAGCGAAACACGAAAUUCGGAGCAAAAAAGAUCAAGAGAAAAAGCUUGAAACAGACAUUGGUAUACUGAACACAAAAAUCAACGCAGUCUCCUCAGGACAGAACGAAUUGCAAAGCCUGCAAAAAAGAAUUGUUGCUAUUGAGAAAGAGCGAAGCGAUUUGGGAGAAGUAGACCUUUCAGCUCUUGACAAAAUAAAGCAAAAACGUGAUAAAGCCCAAGAUGAGUUGACUAGACUGAAAGAUCAAUGUGCAGCCGCGGAAGUUUUUGAAGAAGCUGAGCGAUCGUUGGUCCGAUUAAAACAAGAAAUGAGGGAAGCAGCCAAAAAGCUUGACGAACUCACUGCAAAGAAUACGGCUGAUUUAACACUGGUUUUUGAUACGGAGGAUCAGUCUUUCCCGAUUAGCGCUUCAAUCAAGGACAAAGUAGUGAGCGUUCGAAAAGAAUUGGAUUUCGCUAAUAAGGAACACAAUUCGAUUGAAGUGGCACUAGAAUUGGCGAAAAGUGCUGAACAACGAUACACUCAAGAACAAAUACAGCUUGAAAAUCAAAUCAAGGAACUAGAGAAAGAGAUAGGAGAGCUAACCGAUCUUACGCCACCUGAAAAAGUAUCAUUGAGAUUAGCCGAGCUCAGGACACAAUUGAGAAAUAACCAAAAAGAACUCAAUCCUUUGGAGUCAAAGUUCGAGCUCUAUGAAACUUGGAUCGAAGAAACGGAAGCCAAAAAUUGCUGUCCUCUAUGUGACCGCCGAUUCGCCUCAAAGAUGGCUAAAAAUGAGCUUGUGGAAAAGUUAACUAAUCUCCGUGUAUCGACUCCCAGGGAAAUAGAACGCCUUUCUGAGGCAGUCACCGCUUUGGACGAUCAGGAGAAAAGUUUUGCAAAAGCCGAGGAAAACUUUCAAAAGCUAAACUUGCUAACGGAAAAAUUGCGGAAGCUGCAAGUGGAAAGGAAAGAGAGUGAAUCCAAGGUGACGGAAACGGAGAAGAGAUUAAAGAAAAUCAAGAAUGAACUGACUCUUGUUCAGAAGAGCAGCGAAGCCUGUAAUCGGAUUUUGGUCGAUGCUGCAAUAAUGGAUUCUCUGGACCUUCAGAUACAAAAAGCCAAGAAUGACAUUAGCGAGACUGAACAUUCGCUUAGUCAAAGGUUAAAGGCUGGUCGUGGUUACUUGGAAUUGAAACAAGAAAGACAAGAGUUAGAGGAAAAGAUCUCGUCAUUGUUGGGUGAAGGCGACAAGCUUCAAUUGGAAGCUAAUAAAAGAAAUAAGCUUUCUGAGGAGCUUACGCAACUACAAUCACAAAGACUUGUAUUGGGAGACAAUGCUGCCAAUCUUGCCCAUUUUGAGAAUCAACUAAAGGAGAAAGAAGAAGAGGUUGCUGAGCUGUCUUCUUCAAUUUCCAGUUUAGAGACACUGCUGCCCGAACUUUGUGAGGAAGAAUCGGACGCCGUCAAAGCUAUUAAAGUCCACGAUAAAAACACAAAAGUCGAGGAAAUGAAGAAAGAAGAACAAACUCGGGAACUUGGCCAAUAUAAAGUCGAUCUCGAGAAAUUAAACAAGAGCCUUGAGUGUUGUGAGAAAAAACUUGAAAAACAAGGUGGUGUACAAAGCGAAUACGAUGAGUUGAACGAGAAAAUGACUCAAGCGUCUCAAAAAUUGGGUGACUUGAAGGGACAAGUCAAUGCUCCUGAUCAUUUGAAAGAAAAACGGCGUCGACUUGAGGAUCAACGUUCGAGGAUGGUAAUUAUGAAGAACGUGGAAAAGUGCAAUGCAACUUUGGCGAAGGAAUGGACGGGUGAAGACAUCCAAGCUAUAAAAACAGCAGCACGAGAAGCCCAGAUUACACACGAUUUGUGUGUUAGGAGAAUUGGUGAGAAGGAUGGUCUGCGAAAGGAAAUUGAGAAGAACCUCGAAAGUCUGAAAGCCGAAUUGAAUGAGUCUCGUUUUUCGAAGAGUGAUGAUAAACUCCGAAAAAAACUCGUCGAAAAAGUUGUGGCAGAAUGUGCACAAGAGGAUUUGAAAAAUUACGCCACAAAAGUCGAGCAAACCUUGUUGGUUUUUCAUCGCUCGAAAAUGGAGGCCAUUAACGAAAUAUUAGAAAACCUUUGGAGGAGAGUGUACCGUGGAACGGAUAUUGAUACGAUUCGAAUCAAGUUCGUUGUAUUCUUGCUUUAUUUAGUGAUCAUCAUUUUUGGGUCUGAAUUGUCAGAGGGAUCGGGUGCACGCACAAAAUAUGAUUAUCAAGUGAUGAUGGUACUCGAAAAUGGAGUCGAAGUGGAGAUGAGAGAUCGAUGUUCGGCUGGACAAAAGAUGCUUGCCUCAAUUUUAAUUCGGAUUGCUCUUUCCGAUGUGUUUGGUUCGCAAUGCUCGAUAUUGGCUCUCGAUGAACCGACGACGAAUUUGGAUGUUCAAAAGAUCGACGACAUGGCUGCGAUGAUAAUUGAUUUGAUCAAUGCGAGAAGCGUUGACGGUGGUGAUGAUGAUGAGGAAGACAAAAAGCCAAAACGGCGGCAUUUUCAGAUGAUCAUUAUCACUCACGAUGAAAGAUUUGUUGCCACGUUAAAGCGCGACGUUCGACCAGAAAUCAUCUAUCAUGUCUCGAAAAAUGAAGAUGGGAAAAGUCGAAUUGUUCAAGAAACAAAUUUCGGUGAAAGGAAU